AAGAAGCCAAAACUCUCUUAUUAAAAAUUUGGAACUAAAUAAUUCAUUUCUUAUUAAAACCCAAACACACUCCCAUUGUUUCAUUUCCUUCUGCUCUACCGCUUACUUUUCCUCUUUGGAAAGGAAAAGACUCAAAAAUUCUAAAAUCCCAAGCUUAGAAGACUCAAUUUUCGCAAUUCAGCUGUAUCUAAAGGUCACGCAAGGGGAUAACUCAAAAACCUUAAGGCAGAAGCCAUCAGCUUGAAAGAACCAACUACAUAUGGAAAAGAGUGCUACUCUUGAAAGCGGAGAGGGCAGAAAUAGUGUUGAACUCGUGAAAUCAGUCUCUGACAAACAGCUUGACCUUUUGAGGCCGUCAGCUCGGUAUUAUUCAGUGUCUAAAGGACAAAGAGGUGAUGCAGAAGAUCGUGAUAAGGGAAAGUAUACGUUGAUUAGAGAUGUAGAGGACCUUCAAACAGGGUUCUAUGAUAAACCUCUUCCUUGCUUUGGUUGUGGAGUCGGAUGGUUUUCAUUUCUACUGGGAUUUCUAUGCCCGUUGUUGUGGUAUUAUGCUACAAUACUGUAUUUUGGAAACUACUACCGCAAGGAUCCUAGAGAACGUGCCGGACUUGCUGCAUCUGCUAUUGCUGCAAUGGCGUGUUCUCUUGUGUUGAUAAUAAUCAUAGCAGUAAAACUCUUCUUGUAGCUUCCAUUAUACGAGCCGUAUCUAUUGUGACCAAGAUGUCAGAAUUGUGCUGUUGCUUGUUUUGUAGUCAAGUGAAAAGACACAUCUCGAGUCUAAACUCUCCAAUUGUAAAUGCUCUUACGAAGAAAAAACAUCUUAUAUACAGAACUAUACACGUGAAAAUGUAUACCUGCUCAAGUAUUCCAUCAAGAUUAUUAUUGAGAUUCCUCUUGUUUGUAUACAUGUUUUUCCAUGUUAAAAGUGCAACAAUAAUAUUAUGGAUUUAUGUGCA